AUGGCGCCUGUAGCGGGGUCCUGGGCUCCGGCCCUGUGGAGGUUGUGCAACUUGCUCAUGGCCGCCUUCUUCGCGCUGGCGGCCUCCGUGCAGGUAAAUGAUCCAGAUGCAGAGCUGUGGAUGGUGGUGUACACAAUACCUGCAGGAUUGACCCUGCUUGUUGGACUCAACCCUCUUGUCACAGGCAACUUUAUUUGGAAGAGCAUCUCUGCAAUACACAUAUUAUUUUGUAUCAUGUGGGCUCUUGGCUUGGGAUACUACCUCUUACUUCAUACACGACAGAACAUCUUACACGAGGAAGAAGGCAGGGAGCUGUUUGGUCUGGUGAUUAUAGCAGUAUGGAUGAGCCUAUGCCGUAGUUCAUCAAAGAAUCCAGUUGGUGGAAGAAUUCAAUUGGCUAUUGCCAUUAUAAUCUCUCUUUUUCCAUUCAUCUCAUGGAUCUACAUAUAUAUAAACAAAGAGAUGCGGUCCUCCUGGCCAGCUCACUGCAAGACAGUAAUUUAAUUCAACAAUCCUGUUCUUAAAAUGAGUAUUUUCAAAUUAAAAUCUUUUAAUAUCCAUUUUUUAUAAAUACUGGGGUAACAAGCCAGUUUCCCAGGAGUUUAUUUCAGGUAAUUUAAGCUAAUACUUGAGAUUAUUUAAAGAAAAAAAUCCUAACAACUUUUUAAGGCUGCCUGUAAUACGAUGCAAGAUUGCAUGGGGCUGGCAAGAGAUGGGGCUCUGACAUUCUCUGGAAGCCUUUUCUGAAUAAUAUGCCAUAGUGUAGUGGAAAAGGCACUAAAACAAAAGUCAGGAAGUGUGAUUUCUAACUAAGUUUCAUCACUAUGUGACCUGGGCAAAUAUAUAAAGCUCCUGGUGGAUACUUCCUAUCUAUAAAACAGGAUUAAUACUAGAUCCCCUAUUUACUUCAUGCAGUUGGUGGAGUGGUUAAGAGCUCAGCUACUAACCAAACAGUUGGCAGUUCGAAUCCACCAGUCGCUCCUGGAACCCUAUGGGGCAGUUCUACUCUGUCCUAUAGGGUUGCUAUGAGUCAGAAUCAAGUUGACGGCCAUGGGUUAAUAUGAAAAAACAUACUUACAAAGUUACAGAAGAGUGCACAAAGCAGGGUUUGAGAAGUAUAAUAGAAAUAAGAAGUUCAAGAGAGGGCUAUACCCCAAAUUAGUCUCACUCUACUGAACUGGUAACUGCCACAAAGUAAAUGAGGACCCCAGGUGACCCCAAUAAGCAGGCAUGUCUUGGUGGAAAAAAAAAAGGGAAGUUGGAUAGAAUAAAGGAAUUUGGGACCAAAUCAAGAAGGAAACAGGGAAUGUUAAUUACAUUCUAAAUGAGAAGACCAAAAUCCAUACAUAAGUUUUUAAUGAAAAAAGCAACUUUGAGGGGAAGAACAUUUUAGAGCUGCAUUGUCCAAUACAGCAGACACUAGCCACGUGUGGCUACUGAGCUCUUGAAAUGUGGCUAGAGUGAUAGAGGAAGUGAAUUUUUAAUUCUUUUAAUUGUAAUUUAAAAACUAAUAUUCAAUUCAGUUAUUAGAAAACUUUCAAAUGUGUUUGGAACAAUGUGGCUACGUGAAUGUUUUGUACUACAAAUUUUAUGAAAUCUAGACAUGGAUUGACUAUUGCCAAUGAAAAUUGUGUCCAAACAGAAAUGAGCUGGAUUUUGAAGACAUAGUACAAAAACAAAAAAAAUGUAAAAUAUUUGUUAUAUUGAUUACAUGUUGAAAUGAUAUUUCUAUUGGGUUAAAUAAAAUACAUUAUGAAAUUAAUUUUAUCCAUAUUACUUUUUAAAAUGUGACUACUAGAAUAUAUAAAAUUACUUAUAUAGCUCUUUCAGAGCUUCUUUAUGGCAACUUUUUGCAUAUACUGGUGUUAAAUUGUAUAGUUAAGAUACCGUUUCAUGAGAUUUUACGUCAGUAGAGUAAAAAUUGGAGCCCUGGUGGCGUA